CACGUGAAGGCAGCAUUCCUUACAGUCCAGGCUGUCAUGGCGCAGAGACCGAGGCCAGACACAUCAGCGGCAUCAAACUUUAAUUUCGGCUCAAUUUGUACGAUGCUGACAUUUUAUGCUCUCUAAGCUCAUCGUCGUCCCGUCAGGACGCGUAUUGAUGAAAACGGCAUUCUGAGCCAACCACCUGAAACUGAAACACAGCGAGAGAGGAGCGAUGGAAAAGCCAGUCCUGCAGACGCAGCCGUCCACCCUGCCGUUUUUUGACACGGCCCACGCCUUCAACCUGCUGCGGGGAAUCCACGAACUCCGGGCGGAGCGCAAGUUUUUUGACGUGACGCUGUGCGCGGAGGGCCGCGAGUUCCACUGCCACCGCACGGUGUUGGCCGCCGCCAGCACCUACUUCCGGGCGAUGUUUGCGGGGACGCUGAGAGAGAGCGCCAUGGACCGAGUGGUUCUGCACGAGGUCUCAGCGGAGCUUCUGGGUCUGCUGGUGGACUUCUGCUACACAGGACGGGUCACCGUCACUCAGGAUAACGUGGACCUCCUGCUGAAGACGGCUGAUCUUUUUCAGUUCCCCUCGGUCAAAGAGGCCUGCUGUGCUUUUCUGGAGCAGCGGUUGGACGUUUCAAACUGCUUAGAGAUCCAAGACUUUGCAGAAGCCUACGCUUGUAGAGAACUGGCAAACAGCGCGCGCCGCUUCGUCCUCAAAAACAUAAUGGAGCUGGCUAAAGGGAUGGACUUUGAGCGGUUGCCGUGGAAGCGCCUCCUUGAGUUUGUGUCCGACGAUGACCUUUGCGUGGACAAGGAGGAGACGGUUUACCAAAUUGCAGUGCGCUGGGUGAAGGCUGAUCUCCAGCGGCGCUUGCACUACUGGCCCGAGCUCCUCCAGCAGGUCCGACUCCCCUUCGUCAGGAGGUUCUUUCUGCUGGCCCACGUGGAGAGCGACCCGCUCGUCUACCUGUCGCCCACCUGCCUCCGGAUGGUGAACGAGGCCCGCAGCUUUCAGUCCUGCGAGUACGACCGCCACGACAGGCCCUGCCACCGCAUGCGGCCGCGGCCGUCCACUGGGUUGGCGGAGAUCCUGGUGGUGGUCGGAGGCUGCGACCAGGACUGCGACGAGCUGGUCACCGUGGACUGUUACAACCCUCAGACUGGACAGUGGCGCUACCUGGCUGAAUUCCCCGACCACCUUGGAGGGGGUUACAGCAUAGCCGCCCUCGGAAGCGAUAUGUAUGUCACAGGUGGCUCUGACGGCUCUCGUCUGUACGACGGCGUGUGGCGCUACAAGUCCAGCGUGAACGAGUGGACCGAGGCGGCGCCCAUGCUGAAGGCCCGCGAGUACCACAGCUCGUGCGUCCUGAAAGGUCAGCUCUACGUGGUGGCGUCGGACAGCACCGAACGCUACGACCAAGCUCUGGAUUGCUGGGAGGCCCUGCCGGCCAUGCUGCACCCCAUGGACAACUGCUCCACCACCGCCUGCAGUGGACGCCUCUACGCUAUAGGCUCUCUGACUGGGGAGGACACCAUGGCCGUCCAGUGCUACGACUCGGACACCAACCGAUGGACCAUGGUCAACUGCGGACAGCUGCCUCCGUGGUCCUUCACGCCGAAAACAGUGACCCUUAAUGGACUCAUCUACUUUGUCAGGGAUGACUCAGCCGAGGUCGAUGUUUAUAAUCCUCAAAAGAACGAGUGGGAUAAAAUUAGCCCGAUGACCCAGGUUCACGUUGGUGGCAGUGUGGCAGCCCUGGGCGGUAAAUUGUACGUGUCCGGGGGCUACGACAACACGUUCGAGCUGUCGGACGUGGUGGAGGCCUACGACCCGACCAUCCGCACCUGGACCCUGGCUGGACGGCUCCCUCAGCCGACCUUCUGGCACGGCAGCGUCAGCAUAUUCCGCCAGUUCAUGCCCCUCGUGUCCAGUGCGUUCGAAACCGCCGACACGCCCGAGUUGCACAGCAUUCACCUGCACCGGCACCAGCGCCACCAAGCACUGCAUAAUCUCAACAACAAUCUCAAUCAGAACCAGGAUGUGAACCCGGCGCACUGAGGCUCGGCCUCAAAGCCCUCGUCACACGUAACGAGUCUGUUCUCCCUCGUCGUGCCGUCAGUAGUUUACUGUGAAUUUACCUCAUCACAAUGCUGAAGCUGUAAGGGAGGAGAGGAGACUGAGCUCGGUGUGAUCUGCUUGACUGUCGUGCAGUGAUGAUCAGUCGCAGCUGUUGAAAGGCCCCGGGACCAGAUGCAUAAAAACGACUUAAACUGUGUGUGUGCGCAGAGGUAGAAAUAUGCAUAUACGUUGUUUUCAUCGGGUUUGUAAAGCUGCACACACAGCUGCCUGUUUGGUUUUUGGAAGUGGCCACAAAAGCCUCGUUUCCACAAAUCAUAGGUGGACAAACAGUGGAAACCCCUUAAACGUUACGUAACGUAUAGUUAUAUACUAGGGACUUUUUUCUGUGAGGAAGAAGCACAGUUUCACAGACUUUCUUGGUCUUCUUGGGCAGUAGUAAACAGCCAUGAUGGUGCAUAUUCCUCUUUUUACUGGUAUAUGUAUGUUUGUAGUUUUUUGUGCACACAUACCGUUUAAAUACAUCUGGUCCCUGGUGUUUCUUAGCCCCAUUGUGGACUAAACUAUCGACUUGGGGGACAGUCCCAGCUGGUCCCUGAGAAAAGCUACAGGAAGCAGCCGCUAGUCACCAGGAGGUUAACUCUAAUAAUCCAUACUUGCAGUCCAGCUUUCUAUAGUCCACCUUUGUGUCACUUGUUGUCAACAAGUUAGAUCCGUUCUUGUCAGACUGAUGAUGAGCUCAUCGCUGCCCCCUGCAGCCUGAAGAAGCAGAAAAGUCCCAGUGAAACUUGGGUUGUUGGGAACCUUUGCAUGUAUUUAGAAAAACUGGAUACCUGACUGCAGAUGACUCAGCUACAGUUUUAAGUUAACAAUAUUAAGAGUACAGUCUGAUUUCAUUUCUAUGGGCGGUUUCACAGAUACUUGCUCUUGAUAGCACAUGAGGAAGAAUGCUUAUUGGCAGUUUUUAGCAGUACCAAACUCCUACCGCCUCCUAAUUUUAGACCUGGUAUCAUUUAAGCAGAUGGGUGAUAUAAAUAUUCGUACAUGCAGUUGCAGUGAACGGAUUACUCACCAAUAGACCAGGCUUUAAACGUGUUUAUUUCUGCAGCAAAGUUGGACAUUUUACAAAGGAGGUCUGUGGGGAUUGACUCACCUUUGCAGCCAUGUUCCACUAGUCAUUAGAGCAUCUUCAGUUUUUAGUACUUCUUCACUGAAAUCAUUUUAAGUUCUCUUUAUACUGUAUAUCCAUGUCAAAGCAGCAGCUUUGCUUGAAGUUGUUUCUUCGGGUGGUCACCAGGGGCAGCAGUGAGCCCAUUACACACUUGAACAGUGACACAAAGCCGAAUUGUUUUUAAACGCCGUAAUUUGUUGAUAAGAGAGAGGCGAUAAGCUUUUCUGAGGGAACCAUCUGGGACUGUCACCUGCACAGAGGAUGGGAGAGUCGGCAGCAGGUGUUUCUUUAUUUGGAUAUCUGUGUGUUUCUUUUAAAAAUCAAACUCAGCGAAUUCAAAUUUAAAGGCUUCAAAGGGAAACUCCACCACGUCGAAGUCCGUUUACAAGUUUUGAAGAGUCUUAAUGCGUAUGGGGAAGAGGUUGUUGAGGCUCUAAACCAGAUGAAAUGGCAGCAGCUCACGGAUACAUGAGCCACCACCGGCAUAACAAACCGGACCUGAACUGUGUGUGGGUUGUGGCUGUAAUAAUUUCAUACAAAGAAAGGAUGGGAAACAAAAGAUCUCUCCCUUUUUUUCUAUGUCAAUUUCGGCCCGAGUUCAGUCUACAUCGGUGGAGUUUAAUAAUUUAUUAGACAUAAGCAGCAAUGAUCCGUUUACAUUCCAAAAAACGACGACAAUCACGACGAACCACUGAUAUCCAGCACAGACACACACCUGUACAGCGAGAGAGGACGGGUUGAAUCUCACCAGGAGAAGUAGUUGCGCUGAGUAAAUUCCUGUCAGCAUGGUAGAACUCAAUGUGAUGUCAACUUACUCUAGUGCUCAUUAGGCCGUACAACAUCUCCUCCUCACACUCCUGACCCUUAAACUGAGCUUUUAUAUCCGCCGGUCGAAUGUGCAUGAAGAAGUUCUCCUUUAAAAAUCUAUAUUUAUGAAUGUUUUUGCUGUUUAUUUAUGGGUAUAUUUGUGCAGUGGUUGCUUAUGACGUCCCUGCCUGUCCCGCUGCGAGACGAUCAGUGGCGCUUGGUAAAUGCUGGUGAGGAGGCGGCAGUCACAACUGGAAGUGCAAAACAAUCUCAGUGUGCUCUCGUGUACGGUUACUCUUGCUUUAAUGGAAAUAUAAUUUUUGAGUGUUUCUAUGCUCCUGUUAACGCAGCACUGUUUUCUUAGUUUUCAUCCAAGUUUGUGAUGUUGAACCCGUUUUGUAAAUACAGUUUAUUCUUAACCCUU